CAGGAAACAGAUCAUUCUGCAUCAGUUUUCAAAUCUGCAUCAUCUCAUCAUGAAGCUGCUGGCUGUGUGUGUCCUGGUUUUCUCUGUGAUGGCUCAGACCAGAGCUGACCCUGAACCAGAUGAUGGCUCCACUGAUCCAGAAGAAGUUGACUUGGUCCAGAGAUCUUCUUGUCCUCCUGGCUGGUCUCCAAUCAAGAAUCGCUGCUUUCGCUAUGUUGCCAAACCCAUGACCUGGGCUAGAGCUGAGAGACACUGUGUGUCCAUGGGAGCAAACCUGGCAUCAGUUCAUGACACGAGCGAGUACCAUCAGGUUCAGUCUGUGAUAAAAAUGGCAACUUACGGGUCUGGAAGAGCAUGGAUUGGAGGCACUAACGCACAGGAGACGAGCAUUUGGUUUUGGAGCGAUGGAAGCCCUCUGCACUACACAAACUGGUGUCAUAACCAGCCUGAUAAUUGGAGAAACAGUCAGCGCUGUAUGGAGAUGAACUAUUCAGGUGAAAAGUGCUGGGAUGACCUGGGCUGUUCCACCCGUCUUCCUUCUGUCUGCGCUAAGGAAGUCUGAUCAGUCUGAUGUU